AUGGAGAUGUGGCUUGUAUCUACUAACCCUACAGUUGCACCACCAGAAAUAAAAAACAUGCCUGGCAGGCCAGGUAAACUUAGAAAGAAGGAAGCUGGUGAGAGUAAAAAAUCUGGAAAGCUACCUAGAACUGGACUUGCCAUGACAUGUAGUAACUGUAAUGUUAGAGGCCACAACAAGAGAGGAUGUCCACAAAGGGUUGAGUCAUCAACAAGGGAAGAACAAUCAAAUAUAGACAAGGGAAAUGGCAAAACUUCAGGUUUAGGCAGACCAAAGAAAGCACAAACAGAAGGUGAGCAUUCUGCAAAGAGGUCAAGAGGAAGACCACCUGCAGCACCUAGUGCAUCUCCAGGACCUGCAAAGAGGUCAAGAGGAAGCCCACUGGCAGUACCUAGUGCAUCUGCAGCACUUACAAAAGGUACAAGAGGAAGACCACCUAUUGCACCUGCAACACCUAAUGCAUCUGCAACACCUGCAAAGAGUGCAAGAGGAAGACCACCUGCAGCAGCUAGUGCAUCUCCUACAUGUCCAUCACCUGCUAAUUACUAUGUUGGAUCUUCUACACCUGUUGAUUACCAGUUAACUAAUAGUAACAAAGGAAGAGGAAGGGGUAGGGGAAGCACAACCUCAUACAAAAGGCAAACAGUCAUUGGAAUGGGUGUGUUUCAAGAUGAAAAUGGAUUCAAAGCUCUCAAUCCUGGGAUGUCAAGUUGUAAGAUCUUCUCUACUGGUACAACAAAGGUGACAAAAUCUGCUGGUGUUACUGGUGAUAUUGGUUACAAACCAAGUACUGCACCCAAGUUGAAAUGGAAUGGAAAAGCAGCAAUCUCAACAAGAAAACUUAAAGAAAUGAGAGAGGAACAAAGAAAAAAAAUCAAAAGGAAGUAG